AUGAAAGUCAAGAAAUUAAAGAUGGAGCUUUCCAAAGUUGAAGAUUUUUCCAAAAUGAGUGUUGGACUAGAGCAAUAUAUGACGCCACCAGACAUAGCCGCAUCCAUGAUUAGCAUCAUCCACUCUACAUAUGAUGACAUUGAGGGAAAGUCCAUUUUGGACCUAUGCUGUGGGACCGGAAUGCUAUCUUUUGCUUGCAGCUACUUCUCACCAUCAUACAUCCUUGGAGUUGACUUAUGUCCUUUGGCUCUGUCGGUAUUCAAACAGAACAAUCUUAAGUUUAAAGCUAAUGUAGAUCUUUUAAGGUGCUCUAUAGACGAUCUUACCUUCAUCAAUGAGAAGUUUGACACAGCAGUAAUCAAUCCUCCAUUUGGCACAAAGAUAAAACAUGCCGACAUAAAGGCUGUUGACAAGGCCUUAGAACUCUGUGACGUUGUAUAUUCCCUCCAUAAGACAAGCACUAGAGAAUAUAUAGUUGCGAGAUAUCCAAGUGCCGAGGUUUUGGCAAAGAUUAAGUAUGAACUUCCAAGAAGACAUGAUUUCCACAAGAAGGACAAGAAAAUUGUCGAGGUGGAUUUUGUUAGGAUUCUGAAGAGAAAAGAAACGGAUUCUGCUUCCAGCGUUAUUUAUUAG